AUGAAUGACCAACCCGCUGAGCGACAUCGAGACCAGAGCAAGCCACGUGCACUCGCAUGCAUGUCGAAUGCCAGCCUCGAAUGCCACAUGUUUGCAGAGUGUCACAAUGUGUCUGAAAAGUGUUCCAGUCCUCCUCCGACGGAUAUACAGAUGGGAGAGAAGGGUUCUGGGUGCAACAUCUAUCCCUCUGCAUUCUCGUGGUCACGAAGUGACGACAACCAUGUGGCGAAGCAUACUGAGAAGAGGCCAUACAAGUGCGAUGUCUGCCCCGCGGAGUUCAGUCAGGGCGGGCACCAACGGCAGCACAAGCGAGCACACACGGGAGAGAAGCCAUACAAGUGCGAUGUCUGCCCUGCGGAGUUCAGUCAGGGCUGGCACCUACGACGGCACAAGCGAGCACACACGGGAGAGAAGCCAUACAAGUGCGAUGUCUGCCCUGCAGAGUUCAGUCAGGGCGAGCACCUACGGCAGCACAAGCGGGCACACACGGGAGAGAAGCCACACAAGUGCGAUGUCUGCUCUGCGGAGUUCAGUCUGGGCGGGAACCUACGGCAGCACAAGCGAGCACACACGGGAGAGAAGCCAUACAAGUGCGAUGUCUGCCCUGCGGAGUUCAGUCAGGUCGUACACCUACGGCAGCAGAAGCGAACACACACUGAAGAGAAGCCAUACAAAUGUGAUGUCUGCCCUGCGGAGUUCAGUUGGGGCGGAAACCUACGGCGGCACAAGCGAGCACACACGGGCGAGAAGCCAUACAAGUGCCACCUCUGCCACGCAGAGUUCAGCCGCAGCGGGCCCCUACAGCAGCACAAGCGGACACACACGGGGGAGAAGCCAUACAAGUGUGACGUUUGCCACGCAAAGUUUAGCUACAACGGGAAUCUACAGCAGCACAAGCGGACACACACGGGCGAGAAGCCAUAG